AUGGAGAGGCUCCAGGGGCUGCUGCUGUGGCUGCUGCUGAGCCCAAGUGUGGUGUGGGCCUCCAGGGGCCCCCUUCGGCCACUGUGCCGGCCUGUCAACGCCACUCUGGCUGCAGAGAAUGAGUUCUGCCCAGUCUGCAUCACCUUCACCACCAGCAUCUGUGCCGGCUACUGUCCUAGCAUGGUCCGAGUCCUGCCGGCCGCCUUGCCUCCUGUGCCUCAGCCAGUGUGCACCUACCGGGAGCUGCGCUUCGCAUCUGUCCACCUCCCUGGCUGCCCACCCGGUGUAGACCCCAUAGUCUCCUUUCCUGUAGCCCUCAGCUGCCGCUGUGGGCCCUGCAGGCUCAGUAGCUCUGACUGUGGGGGUCCCAGGACUCAACCAAUGGCCUGUGACCUCCCCCACCUCCCUGGCCUCCUCCUCCUCUGAGGCCCACCCCUUCACUCCCCGCCCCUCUGGAGCUGGCAGGUGUUCUAACCAUCCCUCCCUCCCAAUAAAGGCUUUCCAACUGC